AAUCAAUGAGAUGCUUUGUUGAAAGGGCUCCCCCGCUCUCCCUCUGCUUUCCUCUCUCCCUCUCCCCUGUAUAUGCUGUAGAAGCAGGCAGUUCACAGUCUGGACCCCUCAAUACAGUCUGAAUUCAGGAUCUGUCCAGUUUGUUCUAUCUCGGGUUGAGGAUGCAAGUGGUGUUGCUCUGUGCUUUAGUCCUGUGCUGGGGGCAGGUCUACUCUGCAUUGAGAAAGCAGGAGCAGACAGCAGAUAAGGGUGGAGAGGAAAGAGGGCCCAGGACACAGACAGCAGCCCCUCGAUCUGGGGCUCACUCAGGUCCCCAAUGUUUAGUGAAUGGUAUAUUUCUGUAUGAAGGAGCAGUCUGGUCUCCUGAGCCCUGCACAGUGUGCCAGUGUGAGAGAGGGAGGGAGAGCUGUGAGAGAAUCACCAGUCCCCAGUGCAAAAACACAGAGAGAGGGAAGAUGCAGGGAGGAGGGGACCGCACAAAAUCAUCACCGCCCAAGAGAAACAUGAGACGCAAACCAGAACGAAACACCAAAACACAGCCCACUGCCGCCCCCAAACUGGGAACCAGUAAGAGGAACCAGUCUGCCAGACCCAGGUUCCGCAAACAAGAAGAGAGUGCCCUCAAGAGGAAGGAAGUCGGAAUCGGGCGACAGGAAACGGGUUUCAGCUCCAGAGAGGUGCUGCCAACUGUAGCUGGGAAACAGGAAGUGAUGAUGCCAAAGAAGCAGGAAGUGACAGAACCAAAGAAGAAGGAAGUGACAACACCAACGAAGCAGGACAUGAUGACACCAAAGAAACAGGAAGUGACGACACCAAAGAAGCAGGAAGUGACGACAUCAAAAAAGCACAAAGUAACAACACCAAAGAAACAGGAAGUAACAGCACCAAAGAAACAGGAAGUGAGGUCUGGGGAACAGGAAGUGAAAACUGGGAAACAGAAAGUUGGUGUUGUUAAGAAGCAGGAAGUCCAGAAAUCUGGAAAGAAGAUUGAGAAGCCAGCAGAGGAGAAGAGAGGGGGAGGAGGAGGGAGCAGGGUGAGGCUGAUAGAUCUUCAGGACUCUGACGAGGAGGAUCUGGAGGAGGAGUUUGAAGACAUCGGUGGGCUGGGAGAUGAUCUUGAUGAUUUCUUCUUUGGCCGUCCCCUCCCUGAUUCUCUGUUGCCCCCUAGGGGCAGGUUCAUGGAGUCUCUCCCGCCAGGCUGCAUCCUCUCUGAAUCCACCAUCGCCUGCGGCAACGCCAGAAUGAGACACCUGCCCAUCCUCCACGACCUUGGAGUCACAACUCUGUACCUGGCAGAAAAUGAGAUUUCAGAGAUCCCGGAGCGUGCGUUCUUAGGACUGCCCAACCUGGAGUGGCUGGACCUCAGCAAGAACCGACUGGACAACUCAACCAUGCACCUGGGAGCGUUCAGAAAUCUCAUUAAACUGAAGAGACUGAACCUGGAUGGGAACCAGAUUACACAGAUCCCACUGCUACCACCAUCACUGGAGGAGCUGAAAAUGAACGAUAACAAACUGCAGGGGCUCGAUCAGCACAGCUUCAAGGGUCUCUCGAACCUGCUCACUCUGGAGUUGGAAGGUAAUGCUCUUCACGAUGGCAACGUCAAUCCACUGGCCUUCAAACCCCUGAGGAAACUCAUCUACCUGAGACUGGACCAGAACCUCCUGAGAGCCAUCCCAUCAGGCCUGCCCCCCUCCCUGCAGGAGCUGCACUUGGCUGGGAAUGUGAUUGAGGAGGUUUCGGAGGGAGUUCUCAACAAGACCCUGAAUCUCAGUGUGCUGGUGCUGAGUAACAACCGCCUGCAAGAGACCCGCAUCGCCCCGCUGGCCUGGAUACACCUCCCGGGGCUGGAUCUGCUGGAUCUGUCCUAUAACGGGCUGGUGCACGUGCCUUCCUUCCUGCCCUCUUCGCUGCGCCGGCUCCUCGCUCAUCACAACCACAUCGAGCGCAUCCCCGGGUACGUCUUCGCUCACAUGAAGCCGGGCCUCGAGUUCCUGCACCUCUCCCACAACCAGCUGCGUGACAGCGGGAUCCACGCGCUCUCCUUCCUCGGGCUGCACCACUCCCUCGCCGAGCUGCUGCUGGAGAACAACCAGCUCACAGCCGUGCCUCGCGGCAUCCUGAACCUCCGCAACCUGCAGGUGCUGCGGCUCAACGACAACAACAUCAGGUACGUCCCCCUGAACUCAAUCUGUGACACUCGUGUGAUGGAGGACUCCCCUCUCAUCUCUGUCCAUCUCGAGAACAACCUGAUUGACCGGCGCCUGAUUCCCCCGACCGCUUUCUCCUGCAUCAGGACCUACCACAGCAUUGUAUUGAGACCCCAGAGAUACGAGGACUACUGAGAUAACCCCUAGCCCUCUUUCUACAUCUCCCUAACCCCCGCCUGCCCUCACCUCACCGAUCCCCAGCCACCUCUACCUCUCCCUGACCCCCAGCCCUCUCUACCCCACCCCUACCCCCAGCCCACUCUCACCUCCCCAACCCCCAACCUUCCCUACCCCCCCCGACCCCUAGCCCGCUCUUACCUUCUCAACCCCCAGCCCUCUCUCACCUUCCUGACCCCUUGCCUGCUGUCACCUCCUCGACUUCCAGUCCUCUCUCACCUCUCCAACCCCCAGCCCUCUCUCACCUCUCCAACCCCCAGCCCUCUCUCACCUCUCCAACCCCCAGCCCGCUCUCUACCCCUCUCUGAACCCCAGCCCGCUCUCUCUCAGCAUCGACCAGAAAUGCAGCUCUCUUUCAAAACACCCUUCCCAAAGUGAUAUUAAGUGGGUUUAUCAGUUGUAUGGCUGGUAAAUGUGAUUGAUAAUAACCAAACCAAUAUUAUCAGAAGCUAGUCCCAUUGACUCUCUGUAUUCUGUCAAUCAAGAUAUGUCAAUGUAAUUUGAUUAUCAGUACCUUCUACUCCUGUGUGAGCUUCCCUGCUGACAGUUGCAGUGUGGCGGGCUGGUGGGGUUAAUUACUGCUUAACGAGAUGUAAUGAGUCUGAUGUGUUUGUUUAAUUACAGGGAAGCUCGCUCAGGGGUAGAAGGUGAGACUAAUAGUCAUGUUAGUCUAAACCAGGGCUGGCCAAAGUGGCCAUCCACUCCAGGUCUUUGUUCCAACCCUGUUUUAAAGGGUUUAUUUCAACCAAUUAAACCUCCAUGCAAACCCCAGACUAGUUCAUUAUCUCAUGUCACCUGUUAAACCUGGAGUGGAAUAACCCUCCUGGACUGUGAUUGGACACCCCUGGUCUAAAUCUUUAGUCUCACAUUGAUGAUGCACAAAGUGUGGCUCUGACUGAAGCAUCUUGUACUGGUCUUCAGUAGAUAUUGCUCUGAACCUUGCUGAGCUCAAACUGCUUCAAAACAAGUUUCAAGGAUGUGAUGAACAACUGAGAAUACGAAUUGGAAACCAAAUUAUUUUAUACACCCUGUUUAUGCUUAUAUAUCUUUAAUACAACUGUUUUUUCUUAAACUGAUUUUGCAGUUCAAUGUAUUUCUACGUGUUUUAUUUGAUACGGAUAUACAAAUAAAAACCUGAUUAUUUUAAUUCCAGAA